GUCCGUCACGCCCAAACAUCAGUGUUGCCGCGUUUCCAUCGCUCCGAUAUCCAGAACGAUAUCAGCAUCAUUGUCAGAUCAUCAAGAUGGCGUCGUCCUCAACCCCAGCGACACCGCUUCUCUACGCAUGCAUAGCACACAACACCACCAUCCUCUCAGAAUGCACCACCUCGGCCGCCUCCAACACCUCGUCGCUCGCGUCGCUGAUCCUGCCCAAAAUCUCCCACGCAACCCCUCAAAAACUGACCUACACGCACGGCACCUACCACAUCCACUACAUCAGCUCCUCGCCCUCCGAGUACCCAGCCGACCAGCCCACGGCCGGCGGCCUAACCUACCUGGUAGUAAGCGACAGCACGUCGGUGAACCGACGGGUAUCCUUCGGCUUUCUCGUCGAGGCACGACGACGCUUCCUAGCCGCUUUCCCUCCUCAAGCCACCGAUUUCGCCGACCUGCCCAACUACGGCGCGGCCGCCUUCAACGGCGAGCUGCGGAGCCUGAUGGUCGAGUACGGUACGACGGGCCAGGGGCGGGCCGACGCCAUCGACAAUGUCAAUAGGGAAAUGGACGACGUGCGGGGCAUCAUGACGCGCAACAUUGAGGGCCUCUUGGAGAGGGGGGAGAGGAUUGAUCUGCUUGUGGACAAGACGGAUCGCUUGGGCGGGAGCGCGCGGGAUUUCAGAGUCAGGAGCCGAGGUCUCAAACGGAGGAUGUGGUGGAAGAAUGUCAAGCUCAUGAGCUUGCUUGGCGUGGUGCUCGUGCUGAUCUUGUUGACUAUUGUGGUCUCGGUGAGGAAUAAUGUUUGAUGGGCUUUUCUUUUGUUGGAUUUAUGUCGGGAUUGCCCUGGGGUGAUGAUGAUUUUGACCUGUACGUUAGUUGGUUUGAGUCAAUUGCUUGGGAGGCAAGCGAGGCAAGGUGCUCUUCAACUGGCUGUGUUUGAUUACCAUUUUAUUACCCCAUUACUUCUUCUGAUUCUGUUUCAGUACUCUCGCGCUUCCUGAGAAGAGCAGUAAGACUGCUAGUUGCAAUUAAUAUCCCACCGGCCCCUCAUCUUGCCAUGCGAGAUAGUACAACACCACAAUGCUUUACGCGUGCGCUCCCGGC